GAAGAGUGAGGGAAGAUUUAUCUUUUUUUAAUUGUUUCUUCAAAAUCAAUCUGCUGGUUAAAAUUAAUAUAGCCUAAAUACUGUGCGUAGAGAUGGCAUCGACGAUCUGCUGACAGGAGAACGUAUGUAUAAAUACCGUUAUAUGGGGAAAUAAAGCAGCAGCUACUAUUAUGAAGAAAGUAGUCCCUGCCGUCACGGGCAUGUAGGCGAGUCACAGUGUAUAAAUACGCCGGGUUGUCAAACAGUAAAGUUUCGCUGGACCCUCCAUACAAACUGUCAGCUGAAGACAAACUGGAAAACCCUUCGGCCAUUGGAGAACUGGGGCAGCAACUAAAUAAAUCAACAACACUAAGGUUAAAAAUACCUAGUGGUCCGCAUCCAAACCACCGACUCGUCUGAUCCGCCUUGAAAUCCCAGACAACACAAGGGGAAUAAAACAGAAACGCAGGAGUACAAGUCACGCUAGGACAUCUGUGACAAUAGUUGGGAGCUGAAGACAUCGUUACAUAUUUGUCAACAAAAAAAGACAGCCGGCAACUUGCUGCCCCAGCCUUUAAGGUGCCUUUACCAUGGUGACACUAAAGGAAUCGUACACUUUCCAAUAAGCCUGAGGGGUAAAAACUCCUUGUUACAGUUGCAUUGCCUCCCUUAAGCAUCAUCUGGAUCCCUUUCCUACCACGACGGCGCUAACCUGGUGCAGCCAUGCAUCUAGAAGUGAAGGUCGCCCUCAACUUCAUCGUGUCCUACCUGUACAACAAGCUGCCUCGGCGUCGAGCUGACCUGUUCGGCGAGGAGCUGGAGAGGAUACUGAUGUCUCGUUUUGAGGGUCACUGGUACCCUGAAGUCCCUCUCAGGGGCUCUGCCUUCCGCUGCAUUCAUCUGGGAGCACCGAGGGACCCAGUGGUGGAGUUGGCUGCCAAGAGAAGUGGACUGGACACAGAGGAAGUGCGUGCGAAUGUCCCUGCGGAGCUCAGUGUGUGGAUUGACCCUUAUGAGGUAUCCUACCAGAUCGGAGAGAAGGGGACAGUGAAGGUCCUCUACCUGGAGGACCCUCCCGGCCUCGGCUGUGAUGGCGAGAGGGUCGAGGGGGUGAUCAGAGAGGGUAAAGGAGAUGCAGAUGCAGAGGCGGAGGAGGCCAGGAGUCUGGGCUUUAACCCAGACGCGCAGGUGUUUGUGCCAAUUGGAAGCCAGGCGUCUCCUGCCCUCAUGCCGUCACUCUCCAGCUCUCCCACACCUCUGUCUGGCCAGCCCUGCCCCGGCCUCUUCAGCUACCCCAGCUCCAGCACACCCAGCGACCCUGCUGCCCACUCCUCAAACACCUCUACCCCCUCCCCUCCCAGCGGCGGGCUGCCCUACCUCUCCGCCCAGCAGCCGCCCUCCGCUCUUGCCCCCGCCCGUCCUCAACCCAUCACCUUCACCACCGCCAGCUUCGCCGCUACUAAAUUUGGCUCGACCAAGAUGAAGAAGUGCAGUGUGGCCGGGUCGGCAGCUGGCCCCGGAGCGGUCAUAGCGCCCGCCCAGAGGAUGCUCACCCGCUCUCCUACCACUAUCUCGGCGCCGGAGCUGCUCAAGCACAAGCCCCUGUCUCUGUCCUUGCACUCCCUCGGAGGUCCCAUCGCCAGCCAGCUCUCCCCCAACGCCAAAGAGUUUGUCUACCCAGGAUCCCCAGGCCCCCUUUACUUUGAUGCUGACACCCAGCCCAUGCAGCCUCAUGCCAGCCCGUUCCAACCCCCCCACGCCGUCAACACCCAUCCGUCCUUUGACCCCUUCUCCAGCCCCCCCCCUGCCCAGAGUGUGGGCAUCAUUGGCAACAACGGAGGAAUCUCCUACAUGGAGAAGCCGCCGUUUGUCGAGGGGUUAGGAAGCUACAACCUGCAAUAUCCUAGCCAGUCCUUCCAGCCUGUUGUGCUGGCCAACUAAGCCUUCAUUUGUAACUAAUAGAAUUCUUGUAGGAGGAGGUGGGUUUGGACGAUGAUGCUCCAGAUAUUUUCAGUUUUUCUAACCAAAAUUGUUCUAAUACAAGUUAAGAAUUAGUUUUACUACACAGAUUUAAAA